GCCUUGGUUUGGAGCUUACUGUUCAUCGCCUACUGUUUGACUUAUGCCAUCGAAUAUGGAGUGCCCUUCUUCAAACGCAUGACCAGCGUGGCGAUGAUGGUCUAUCUCUUCAUGGGCACUUUCGGCCUAUCAGAGGCCAAUCUGGUGGAUCAAGGAACCUAUGUGAUCUUGGCGGGCUUCACCUUGUCCUUUGUGAAGGCUGGCUUGGAGAGGUUCAUUCCAUCCCUGCUGAGCUAUGGCUUGAGUGGUGUUCACUGGAUCAUCAGCCGUGCUGAGGGCAGCCGGGAGCGCACCAGCGACAUCCCUCGCACCUUGACGGGGCAGGCCUUGUCCGGCGCGACGGCCGCCACAUUGGUCGCCGGCAGCGCGUUGGCCGCCGGGUGGGUCACGGAGCUGCCAGCCAUCGUCAUCGGCGCAAGCGCGGGCUAUGCCUUUAGCUUGUUGACCUUGUUCAUCAACGUGCUCUUCGAGCACCCCUCACCAGACAUCGAUGAGCAGGUGCCAAAGACCAUCUUUCAGCUCAUGAUGAAGAUCUUGGCCACGCUCCUCACAGGAGGUUUAUUGGCCUUUCUGGUGGUUUAUGCUGGUGAAGCUGGCUUGGCCAUAGAGAAUCCGGAGUCUGAUGCCUACGAAUUCCAGAAGAGCUUGGGCUCGCGCUGGACCAUCCGAGGCUCCAUCGGGCUUGGGGUGUUGGCCAUCGCCGUUCAGUUCAUCGUCUUUCGGCUGGUGCUGGUGGAGAACCUGCCACCCUCCCUCAAGGACACCAUCGAUCCGGUGUACGACUGGAGGGAUUCGCCCACGUGGCUGGUCCUGCGAACGUCACAGUUCUUCCCGAACCUGACAGCUAUCCCAACCUGUACGCUGGUGACGGUCUUCUUUCGAGAAGAUUUUGGAGCACUCCUGUCCUUGAACCCAUUCCUGCUCCAGAUGCUCAUGACGGGCUCUGGGAUUCUGUUAGCCAACAUCUCAGCCUUGACGGUGCACCGCUUGAUGGAGAGCCCUCCGCAGCUAGAUCCUUCACCGCAGUCG